AUGGAGCAAAAGAUUAAGGAACUUGAAGAGAUCAUUGAACAACAACAAACGAUGCUCGUAAAAUUGACAGGGAAACUACAGGAGCUGCUACUUCGAGAAAGAAACUUAAAUUUAGCAAAAGCUGUCGAGAUAUGUUUGGCUUAUGAAGCAACAGUUAAUUGUGCUAAAGAGAUGUGCGAAGUUGGUUCUGAGAAUGUUAAUAAGGCUGUGUGUAAGAAAGCAGUUAAAAUUGUUCAAGAGAAGAACGAAGAGGCAGAUGAAGGCUACGAUCAUUACAUGUGGAUGGCACCGGUUGCAAUGAAAAAUUCAAAUAGAUUAACUGCAUUACUAAUUGUAAACGAUACCGAGGUUAGAUUUCAUUUGGAUACGGGUGCUGACGUGAAUGCAAUAUGUCAAAGGUAUGUCAAAAGGGAUCAAGUGCGACCAACGUCUGUGAAACUCGCCAAGUGGAAUAAAUCCAAGCUUUCGCCCAUUGGCGAGACGACAUUGAAUGUGAAGAACCCCAAAAAUGAUGAAAUUAGAAGUGUAACCUUCAUUGUGGUUUCAAAUGACCUAAUGUGUUUACUUGGGUCAAAGACAUGUCAAGAGGUGGGAUUCGUGUUUGUCAAUGGUAAAGCAUUUGUAUCAAAAAUUGACGUAGACCAUGAGAUGAGCGACCUUGGUGACCUUGGAAAGGUUAAAAUUAAUGUAGAUUCUACAUUACCAACAAGAAUAUUACCGUGCCGACGUUUACCCAUUGCAUUAAAAUCAAAGGUUCUAAAAGAGUUACACUCUCUUGUGAAAAGAGGAGUUUUGAUUUCGGAGACUGAACCAACUGAAUGGGUUAGUCAAAUGGCAGUCGUUCAAAAAACAAAUGGAAAGUUAAGAAUAGGUAUCGAUCCUCAGCCACUCAACAAAGCUCUUAAAAGGGAAUAUUACAAAUUACCAAUUUUGGAGGAUAUACUGCCAAGUCUAAAACAUGCCAAGAUAUUUAGCAAACUGGAUGUUCAAGAGGCUUUUUGGCAUAUACGACUGGAUGAAGAAUCCAGCAAGUUAACAACAAUGAUUACCCCCUUUGGUAGAUAUCGAUGGGCUCGUCUACCUUUCAGGCUGAAGGUGAGCAGUGAAAUAUUUCAGCGAAAAUUAAAUGAGGCAUUGGAGGGGCUUCGGGGUGUAUACUGUGUAGCUGAUGAUAUUGUGGUCGUUGGUUUUGGAAAUGAGGAAAAUAAGGUUGACAGCAGCAAGGAUGGUAUUGGUGCAGUCAUUAUGCAGGAAGGACGUCCAAUAGAAUACGCAUCAAGGACCUUAGCUAGAAACGAACGUAACUGGGCUCAGAUUGAAAAGGAAGUUCUUGCUGUGGUUUUUGGUUUAGAGCGAUUGGAACAGUAUACUUUUGGGCGACGUGUUAUUGUUCAUAAUGACCAUAAGCCUCUUUCUUCAAUCCUUGAAAAACCAUUUAGUCAAGCUCCAGUGCGUUUACAAGUUUUAAUGAUGAGGUUGAACCGGUAA